UUACGUCUCCAACUUCGUUGCUAGUAACAUUGAAUUUUUAAAGCUUAGCUUGUAAAGUGUUUUAAGUGAAAUAAAAUGUCGGCAUAUCGUAAACCAGAUCCUUCAAAGAUUCAAGAGCUUAAAGACAUCGCUCAUCGCUUGAGAAUUCACUCAAUUACAGCAACUCAAGCUUCAAAAUCUGGUCAUCCAACGUCAUGUGCAUCAAUUGCUGAAGUCAUGUCGGUGUUGUUCUUCAACACAAUGCGCUAUAAAAUUUCUGCACCUCGUGAUGCUUCAUCAGAUCGUUUCAUUCUUUCCAAGGGACAUGCUGCUCCUAUUCUAUAUGCUGCAUGGGCCGAAGCUGGACUCUUCCCAAUCAGUGAUCUUCAGAAUUUACGUAAAAUUGAUUCCGAUUUGGAAGGACAUCCAACACCGAGAUUGAACUUUGUCGAUGUCGGAACUGGCUCUCUAGGCCAAGGCGUUGCUGUAGCUGCAGGCAUGGCGUAUGUCGGAAAGAACUUCGACAAGGCCGACUACAGAACGUAUGCCCUUGUUGGUGAUGGAGAAUCAGCUGAAGGCUCCAUUUGGGAAUCUCUACACUUUGCUGGGCAUUACAAGCUUGACAAUUUAUGUGUUAUUUUCGAUGUUAAUCGUUUGGGACAAUCGGAACCAACAUCACUUCAACAUCAAAUGGAAGUUUAUCGUAAACGUCUCGAUGCUUUUGGCUUCAAUGCGAUUGUUGUUGAUGGUCACGAUGUUGAAGAAUUGUCACGUGCUUUCUUUGAAGCACAACAAACGAAAGGUCGUCCAACAGCAGUCAUUGCGAAAACAUUCAAAGGAAAAUUCUUCCCAAACAUUGAGGAUCUCGAGAAUUGGCAUGGAAAGCCUCUUGGUGAUGCUGCUGAAGCUGUCAUGAAACAUUUACAAGCUCUGAUUAAGAAUAAAGGUCAAUUGACUCUCGGACCCUCAACUCCAGUUGAAAAUGCUCCCGUUGUGUCGAUUGCAAAUGUUAAACUUGCAUCACCACCAGAUUAUAAGUUGGGAGAAACAAUUGCAACUCGUUUGGCUUAUGGAACAGCACUCGCUAAGAUUGGCAUGAAUAAUUCUCGUGUCAUUGCACUCGAUGGUGACACUAAAAAUUCAACUUUCUCUGACAAGCUCAAGAAAGCUUUUCCUGAACGUUACGUUGAAUGUUUCAUAGCUGAACAGAAUCUUGUCGGUGUUGCUAUUGGAGCAGCUUGUCGUGAUCGUACAAUUGCUUUUGUUUCAACAUUUGCAACAUUCUUCACUCGUGCUUUCGAUCAAAUUCGUAUGGGAGCUAUAAGUCAGACAAAUGUCAACUUUGUUGGAUCUCAUUGUGGUGUGAGCAUUGGCGAAGAUGGUCCAAGUCAAAUGGGAUUAGAAGACAUUGCUUUGUUUAGAACAAUUCCUGGUUCGACAGUGUUUUAUCCAUCAGAUGCAGUUAGUACAGAACGUGCUGUUGAACUUGCUGCCAACACAAAAGGCGUUUGCUUUAUUCGUACAUCACGUCCUAAUACGGCAGUGAUUUACGCAAACGAUGAGAAAUUUGUCGCUGGAAAAGCAAAAGUUGUUAAACAAUCGGCUAAUGAUCAAGUGCUUUUCAUUGGCGCUGGAAUUACGCUUUAUGAAGCUUUAAGUGCAGCUGGUGAGUUGGAAAAAUCUGGAAUUCAUGCUCGAGUUUUGGAUCCAUUCACUAUUAAGCCUUUGGAUCGUGAUGCCAUUAUUUCUAAUGCUAAGCAAUGUGGCGGACGAAUUGUUGUCGUUGAAGAUCAUUAUCGUGAAGGUGGCAUAGGAGAAGCUGUUUUGUCAGCUGUUGCUGACCAACGUGACAUUAUCGUCAAGCAUCUUUAUGUCCCAACUGUUCCACGUUCUGGACCACCAACUGUUUUAAUCGACAUGUUUGGCAUUAGUGCACGUAAAGUUAUUGCUGCAACUCAUGAUAUUUUGAAAUUGUAAAACAUUCUCUGCUUGAUUUUAUAUUCCUUUUAGCAUAGCUUAAAUCUUUUUUUAUUCCCUGAAAUCAUUCCUUAAAACAAAAAUUACAGAAAUUUAAUUUCUUGGAAACUCAAAGUUAUCCGGUUGGGCAAUAAAGUUUUAAAAAUUUUUAUUAAACAAAAUAUUGC